GCCAGCCCAAUUGUGUUCGCCUGCUCCGCAGAGGACGCCGCCGCGAUGUCCGAGACCGCUCCCGCCGCCGCCCCCGAUGCGCCCGCACCGGCCGCCAAGGCCGCCGCCAAGAAGCCGAAGAAGGCGGCGGGCGGCUCCAAAGCCCGCAAGCCCGCCGGCCCCAGCGUCACCGAGCUGAUCACCAAGGCCGUGUCCGCCUCCAAGGAGCGCAAGGGGCUCUCCCUCGCCGCGCUCAAGAAGGCGCUGGCCGCCGGCGGCUACGAUGUGGAGAAGAACAACAGCCGCAUCAAGCUGGGGCUCAAGAGCCUCGUCAGCAAGGGCACCCUGGUGCAGACCAAGGGCACCGGCGCCUCCGGCUCUUUCCGCCUCAACAAGAAGCCCGGCGAAGUGAAGGAAAAGGCUCCCAAGAAGCGCACGGCCGCGGCCAAGCCCAAGAAGCCGGCGGCUAAGAAGCCCGCCAGUGCCGCUAAGAAGCCCAAGAAGGCUGCGCCGGUGAAGAAGAGCCCCAAGAAAGCCAAGAAGCCGGCGGCCGCUGCGACCAAGAAAGCGGCUAAGAGCCCCAAGAAAGCCGCCAAGACGGGCCGCCCCAAGAAGGCAGCAGCCAAGAGCCCGGCCAAGGCGAAGGCGGUGAAGCCCAAAGCAGCAAAGCCCAAGGCGGCCAAGCCCAAAGCAGCCAAGGCGAAGAAGGCGGCGCCUAAAAAGAAGUAAAUUAUACCGCGAGAGACCUGCUCUACAUAUUUUGUUAUCCAACGGCUCUUUUAAGAGCCACCCACACUUUCCCUAAAGGAGCUGAGGCACCGAGGUCGUCAGUAACCUGCAGCAAGAAUCCAGUAAUUC